GUGCUUGGAGAGGAUAUUGGGGGCCAUGUCGAUAAUAGUACGGCGAUAAACACACACACAAAAAAAACCCAGAUAAACAAGCUCUGUUCCCCCUUUGGCUUGAGCAACGAGCAACAGGACUGCCAAGAAACAGAUAGAGAAAAAUCAUUCGACCUCGGUCCAAUAGUUGGGGAGAAUUCUUUCAAAUCCCGUCCGAUGUAUGUCAUAUAAGAGAAUGCACAGUGCAUUCGUCUUUGUCGAAGUAGGAGUAAAGAAAAAUGGAAAGAACCUGUUAACUAUUACCAAGAACUACGCUGCAGCGGGGUUACCCAAUUAGUACCCAUAAAACUAAAGAAAGAAAAAGGAGCUAUUUUGAGGAGUCUGGGCUGGAGUGGAGGGAUUUGCUGGUAUCUAAGUAGUCAAUUGUGGGUGGUGAAUAGCGAGUACAUACUAUAAUAUAUGAUUACUUUCCCGGCCGAGUAACCGACAUUUGCAGUUUGCGAGGGGCAGGUGUCGGUCGGUGCAGUGGGCAGUGAGGCUGCUGCGCCGAAAGCUGCGAACUACGUGGAAUCAAACUACAGCCCUCUUUUCCUUGAGAAUUAGUCCGUCCCUCUCUCAAUCUUCUGCUUCAAUACUAUACUACGCUCCAACAGCGAUAUCAAGAUAACAGAACCCAUUCUUCAAAAGCCUUCAAUUUUGCUAAAGGAUUUAGAAUUAGUUAGCUAUGGAGGAUGUCGUGGAUGAGAUUCAGAAUACAGUUUCCCCUGAUGAUAAGAGAAGCUCGUUAGUUGGUGAGCCGGCGGCUGGUAUAGGAGCAGAGCAAAGAGUUGAACAAGUAAGGGACGAGGCUGAAGAAAUACAAGGUGAAAAAGAGAGGCCGAUGGGUCUCAUUAACAACUCGAUUUCUACCAUAGGCUCUGUAACUGGAGGAGACGAUGAGGAGAAGAAUGGAUCAGGUGGGUUAUCUGGUGAAGAAAGGAAUAUAGAGGAAGAGAAAGAAUCAGGUGGGCCCAUAAAUCAUCUCAUCUCCAACUUGGUUUCACCCAUAUUGAGCCCCAGGGUGAGAGAGUUUAGCAACAAGAGGAAAGCUGAUGAGUUUGAAUCUGAAUCGAAACAAGAGGACAAAAGGGGUGAUGGAUUGCCUUCAAAAUCAGUGGAGGAAUUUGGUGGCAGCAGCGGUGGCGAUGGAGGGAUAUGCAAGGGUUUGAUUUCCAAUAUUUUCCAUCAAGACCAAGACCCAGGCGUCAUAGGAGGAGAAGAAAGGAAAGUUAAGGAUGUUAAUCAGGGUGCUGAGCAAGUGAAGUCAGAAAGAGGAGGUGGGCUCGCGGAAAGCCUAGUUUCAAGCUUGCCAACCCCUCUUGCAGAGGAUGCAGCCCCGGCUACGGAUGAGGCCUCCAUUCUCAUUCAUUCCAUUGUGCACGAAUAACUGGGGCAGCUGAAGUUUUUGGUCAUUUAACCUUCUUCCAAUUCAAAUGUCCCUCCUACUAAUGUACACGAUGAUGUCUCGUUUCUUGUUUUGAUGGUUUAGUGAAACUCUUUUGCCCAAAUUGUUCCUUAAUUUACUCAGUUUUGGCCAUACCCCAUCAUCGUCGAGCAAUAUUGCUGGGGUUCAUUAGGAAUGAUAAAUUCAACUUUGC